AAAAGAGGCUGCGGUUGUUUCUCCACGCCCCUUUUCAUUUCUUCUCAUUCAUUGUUGAAUAUAUAGACGUCCGGUUGCCAUUUCAAUGAGGGGAAAAAUGGUGAGCGGCAGCAGUGACGAAAUUCUGGCAGGAAAGGUAUCCGAUUAUGAUCGAAAAAGUGAAUUAAAAUCCUUUGAUGACUCGAAACUUGGUGUAAAGGGACUACUGGAUGCUGGGCUCACUAAGAUCCCACGGAUGUUCAUCAAUGAGCAACAUAAGACUGACAUGACUUGGGGUUCCAGGGAGUCCCCAGAAAGCGUUCCAAUCAUAGACUUCAAAGGCAUGGAUAAGGAUGCAGCUCUACGCACUCAGAUCAUCAAGAAAGUGGGAGAGGCUUGCGAGAAGUGGGGUUUCUUCCAGGUUGUCAACCAUGGGAUUCCAGAGAGUGUUUUGAAUGAUAUGAUUGAUGGAAUCCGGAGAUUUCAUGAGCAAGAUGCUGAGACCAAAAAGGAGUAUUAUUCCCGUGAUUCCCAAAAAAAAGUUAGAUUUAUUAGCAAUUUUGAUCUUUAUCAAGCACGCAUGGCUAAUUGGAGGGAUUCCUUGUCUUGUGUGAUGGCUCCUAAUCCUCCUCUCCCUGAGCAACUGCCGGCUGUAUGCAGAGAUAUAGUGAUGGAAUAUUCGGGGCAAGUAAUGAAAUUGGGGCUUACUCUCUUUGAAUUAUUAUCCGAAGCUCUUGGACUUAAUCCAAACCAUUUGAAAGACAUGGAAUGUGCUGAGGGCCUUUUCCUUUCGGGGCAUUACUACCCAGCAUGUCCUGAACCAGAACUGACCCUGGGCACUAGCAGCCAUUCUGAUCCUGACUUCUUCACCAUACUCUUACAAGACCAAAUGGGUGGCCUCCAAGUUCUUCAUGAAGAUCAAUGGGUUGAUGUUCCCCCCAUACCUGGAGCUCUGGUAAUAAACAUGGGAGAUCUUCUACAGCUGGUCUCCAAUGAUAGGUUUAAAAGCAUCUUCCACAGGGUCCUAGCCAAAAAUGUAGGCCCCAGAAUUUCAGUGGCAAGUUUUUUCAGUACAUCUGAUCCAGAGAAUAACUCGAGACUCUACGGACCCAUUAAGGAGUUGCUUUCAGAAGAAAACCCCCCAAUCUACAGGGAAACAACCGUAGCCGAGUUUCUCGCAUACUACUUCUCAAAAGGACUGGAUGGGAACUCUUCACUUCCACAUUUUAAGCUGUGAAGGUUGCCAUGGAGACUCGAUGCUACCUGAAUGAGAGAGGAUUAUGGUGCCAGAUGUGUUAGCAAUUUCUAGUAUUUCUUGGCAUGUGGAUAAUCUGGAACUGAGUUUGUGUCUCAGAUGUUUUCUUACUUUCAAAGCAUGACAAUUAUGUUCUCAUACAGAGUUUAUUGUAUGGAUUCUGGUACUUCAGUCUUUUAA